GGCCCGACCCGGGCAGCGCAGCGGCGGGGCGAGCGGCGGCGCGGCAACAUGGCGACGGUGCCCGUGUACUGCGUCUGCCGGCUGCCCUACGACGUUACCCGCUUCAUGAUCGAGUGCGAUGCCUGCAAGGACUGGUUCCACGGCAGCUGUGUUGGGGUGGAAGAGGAAGAGGCACCAGACAUUGACAUUUACCACUGCCCGAACUGCGAGAAAACCCAUGGCAAGUCCACGCUCAAGAAAAAGCGGACCUGGCACAAACAUGGCCCUGGGCCAACACCUGACGUGAAACCAGUGCAGAAUGGCAGUCAGCUGUUCAUCAAGGAGCUGCGGAGCCGAACCUUCCCCAGUGCUGAAGACGUGGUGUCCCGUGUACCAGGUAGCCAACUCACUGUGGGCUACAUGGAGGAACAUGGCUUCACUGAGCCCAUCCUUGUCCCCAAGAAAGACGGCCUGGGCUUGGCUGUCCCUGCCCCGACAUUCUACGUGAGUGACGUGGAGAACUAUGUGGGGCCAGAGAGGAGCGUGGAUGUGACAGACGUCACCAAGCAGAAAGACUGCAAAAUGAAGCUAAAAGAAUUCGUGGACUAUUACUAUAGCACGAACCGCAAGCGUGUUCUCAACGUGACCAACCUCGAGUUCUCAGACACCAGAAUGUCCAGCUUUGUGGAGCCACCUGACAUUGUGAAGAAACUGUCGUGGGUAGAAAACUACUGGCCCGAUGAUGCGCUGCUGGCCAAGCCCAAGGUGACCAAGUACUGCCUGAUUUGUGUGAAGGACAGCUACACCGACUUCCACAUUGACUCUGGAGGUGCCUCAGCGUGGUACCAUGUCCUCAAGGGGGAGAAGAUCUUCUAUCUUAUCCGGCCAGCCUCAGCCAACAUCUCCCUAUAUGAGCGCUGGCGGUCAGCCUCCAACCACAGCGAGAUGUUCUUCGCUGACCAGGUGGACAGGUGCUAUAAGUGCACUGUCAAGCAGGGCCAGACCCUCUUCAUCCCCUCAGGCUGGAUCUAUGCCACGCUCACCCCUGUGGACUGCCUGGCCUUCGCUGGACAUUUCCUCCACAGCCUCAGUGUGGAGAUGCAGAUGAGGGCAUAUGAGGUGGAAAGGAGGUUAAAACUCGGCAGCCUGACUCAGUUUCCCAACUUUGAAACUGCCUGCUGGUACAUGGGGAAGCACCUAUUGGAAGCGUUCAAAGGUGGCCAGGUUGACCCUGACCCCAUGGUUCCACAGGCUUUGGCAGAGCACGAGGACGAACUCCCAGAGCACUUCAGGCCUUCACAGCUCAUCAAGGACCUGGCUAAAGAGAUCAGGCUCAGCCCCCCCAAGCCCCCCAAAACCCUGAAGCUCAAAGAUGGGAGCAAGAAGAAAGGGAAGAAGUGCAAGGAGUCAGCCUCGCCCACCAUCCCCAACCUGGACCUGCUUGAGGCUCACACAAAGGAGGCACUGACCAAGAUGGAGCCGCCGAAGAAAGGGAAGACCCCAAAGAGCGUCCUCAGUGUUCCCAAUAAGGACACAGUCCACACACAGAAUGACGUGGAAAGGCUGGAAAUUCGAGAGCAAACAAAGAGCAAGUCAGAGGCCAAGUGGAAAUGGUCUAUGUUCUGCUGGCCUCGGGGCCCUGGGGUCCCACUGACCUAUUCCUACUACUCUAGCUCCAAGGCCCUCAGGCCCCCGAGCAGCCCUGGUGUGUUCGGGGCCUUGCAGAGCUUCAAGGAAGACAAGGCCAAGCCNGUGCGCGAUGAGUACGAGUAUGUAUCAGACGACGGGGAGCUGAAGAUCGACGAGUUUCCCAUCAGAAGGAAGAAGAGCGCCCCCAAAAGGGACUUGUCCUUCUUGUUAGACAAGAAGGAGGCUCUCCUCAUCCCCACCUCGAAGCCAAAGCUGGACUCUGCGGUAUACAAGAGCGACGACUCCUCUGACGAGGGNUCUCUGCACAUCGACACGGACACCAAGCCAGGCAGAAAUGCCAAAGUGAAGAAGGAGAGCGGGAGCUCAGCGGCAGGCAUCCUGGACCUGCUGCAGGCCAGCGAGGAGGUUGGCGCGCUGGAGUACAACCCCAACAGUCAGCCUCCUGCCUCCCCCAGCACACAGGAAGCCAUUCAGGGAAUGCUUUCCAUGGCCAAUCUGCAGGCCUCUGACUCCUGCCUGCAGACCACAUGGGGUACUGGGCAGGCCAAGGGUGGCUCACUGGCAGCCCAUGGUGCCCGGAAGAUUGGUGGUGGCAGCAAAGGCACAGGCAAGCGCCUGCUGAAGAGGACUGCCAAGAAUAGUGUGGAUCUGGAGGACUACGAGGAACAGGAUCACCUGGAUGCCUGCUUCAAGGACUCAGACUAUGUUUACCCCUCACUGGAGUCUGAUGAAGAUAACCCCGUCUUCAAGUCCCGGUCAAAGAAGAGGAAAGGCUCAGAUGAUGCCCCGUACAGCCCCACAGCCAGGGUCGGUCCAUCGGUGCCAAGACAAGACAGGCCUGUGCGUGAGGGGACCAGAGUGGCCUCCAUUGAGACCGGGCUGGCAGCUGCUGCAGCCAAGCUGUCCCAGCAGGUGAGGAGAUGGAAGGCUCUUGCAAGAGGAAGUCUCCACUGUGUGAACUGUGUGAACUUAGGCUGA